GAUUUGGCUUCCCCGAGAUCUCCCUUUUCGCUUCCCUUUUGCGAACCUUUGAGGAACAACUUCGGGCGAAGGAUGAGCUUAUUGCCUCCCUUAAAGGGACCGUUGAGGCAGCAAAAAAUGGGGCGGCGCAGCAUCGUGAGGCAAAAAUAAAAGCAACGGAGCAACUCUCAGAGGCGUGCGCGGCGCAGGAGGACCUCCGGAAUCAACUAUUGGCGAUCCAGCAAAUGAAUGAGGAGCUCCGCGGCAAAUUGGAUGAAAAAAACAAGAUUGUAGAAGAUCUGCAAGAAGCGAUGCAGCGUCUUGAAUCGGAUAAUACACGCCAAAUUUUUCAAAAGAUUGUUGUGCUAAGAAAACGUGAGGGCAAAUUAUUAGAGCGUUUGCGUCGUGCAAGAGAAACUCAAGAAGAGGCGUUGAGGUCAGAGAGAGCGAUGCGGGAGUACGUCGAUACCACCUUUAAGUCUCUUAAGGAGGCGUUAGAUAAUACGUCUACAGGAUUUGUUCUCCCGCGUUCUUCCGGUGUUAUUUGCGUAGAGAAAGAUGUUCUUGAGGAAGUCCAACAGCGGUUUGAAGGGGCGUUACGAGGAAAAUUAUUCAAGGAGGACUCUGCAUACCUUUUGCAGCUUCGUGAAAUCUAUCGUAACAUGGAACAAAUGGAAGAACUGAACGUCCUACGAGUCCGUGAAAAAGAUGGGGAAAAAAAAAUUGAAGAGAUGAAAAUUGAGAUGAAUGAAUUGAGAGCUGAAUUGGAGUGUCUCCGGAAAGUGCAUGAAGAAUCCCCCGACACUCAUCGGAAUGAAGCUUCGGAGGCCGCAAGAUGGGAAACAGAGGCCAUGACAUUACGUCAAAAGUGUACGCUUUACAUGAAACGUUGCGAGGACAAGGAACGAGAGGUGUCUACACUCGAAGCUGAACUUGGGGAGGCCCGGGAAGAGUUGGCGUUUUUGCAGGAACACAUACAUAAUGUCAGUUGUGGCAGUCGGAACGACAACACAACGGGUGUCACGCGGAAGCUGGGUGUUGUCCUUCAGGAGCAAAAAGAAGAAAUGUCACGACAACAACAAAAACAGGAGGAAGAAGAACUGCAAAUACAGCAGCAGUAUGAAACGAAGCAAAUUUGUCACGGGACCACUGCGGAUAACAAGGUGCGGCAACUAGAACGCGAUGUGGCUCGUCUGAAGUCCAUCAAUUUGGGUCUUUUGCAUCACUCUCUCGAUUUACAAGGGGAAUUCAAGCGUCUGGAGAUUCAACUAGAGGCCACAAAGCAAGAACUCUCGCUCGUACGAGACGCGGGAGAUUCCAGGAAAAUAAGCGACUUUGUAUCUGCUGCUAUUCAGCAACAUGCAGCGUUACGUAGGCAAAGUGAGUUGUCGUUGCUUCGAGCAAAACGGACUCGAAUGCAACUUUAUGCCUCCGAGGCAAAUCUGCGUGUGGCGGUGAAUGAGGCUACUUCGUACAGGCUUAGUGCGUUUCGUCUCUACCGAACCUAUGUUGCACAGAUGGUCUCUGUUUUGGACUAUGUUCGUGGCCUGCAACGAGGAGUGAAGGGUAGUAUUUCCCCGCAUCGUGUUGCAAUGAUGCACAAACGUUUUGUUGACGCUAUUGCAGAUGUUGAGCGCGGCCAGGCCAGACAAAAUGAGAUGGCUUCAAAGCUCGCUGAGAGUGACGGAAUGGUAAACCUUUUGCAGCAGCAAUUAGAUCUCCUCAAAGCAAAGGACUUUGAGGAGCGCGAAGAUGCACUUCACGCCAAACUGUUGACUUCCCUUUCUGCUGUUCGCGAAAAAGACAUGCGGCUUGUGGAGCUACAGGAGGAUCAUCAGUACAUGCAACAAAAAUUAAAAAGGGCUGAGUCGCACAUACAAAAUUUGACUGAGGAAUUGGCUCGUUUAGAGUUGCGGGCCGGUGGUAGUGUCUCACUAAAUGAAGACAUACUGCAGAAACUCUUGCAAUUAAAGGAAACUGUCUUUGCAAAGGUGGAAUCGCCGGCACUCAUUAUGCAAUCCAGUGGAGGUGGCUUAUGUGACAUGGAUGACGGGGGCGCAGACACCGCAAUUCAGGAGUACAAACUGGCACUUGACAAACAGGCGGAAUUAAAACGGGAAUUAAACUUGCUUAGAAAGCAAUGGGAAAAGGAAGUUUCCGAAAGCAAGAAGGCGCGUACCGAGACAGAGUCCCUAAAGGAGGAAAUGAAUCACCUCAGGGGACGUCUGCAGUACGCGCAACGACAAUUGGAAGAAGAACGACAAAAGGGAGAGGAGCGCGAGCGGCGAAUUAUACGAUCACAUGAAGCACAAGUAGAGGUAACACGUCGUGCAGCAGAACACAACAGUCAAUGUCUUCGGGACAUGUUACAGAAUAAAGAAGCGUGCAUCAAACAGCUUCAAGAACAACUUCAAUUAGAGCGAAGAAAGUAUCUUGAGUAUCAGCUUGAAGAAUCUUCACGCGUGGAGCGAUUACAUGAUCAUCUCUUCAAGGAGAAUAGCGCCAUGAUGGAGCGUUUCCGCGAGGCCAUUGACGGUGUGACGGAGAACUACACGUAUAGCACAACGACACAAGGGGCGACUGUGAGUGACGCAUCACCGGAUGGAGUGGCAGCACAACUUGCACUGCUUACGAAAGAGACAUUACGUCUAAAGGCGGAAUUAAAGGAUGCACGCAUGACAAACAUUAUGCUUGAGGCUCAACUGAACGAACAGGUGACAAAGUCACAGAAUCAGCUGCUGCAGCAGCAGCAAGGACCCAAUUACAGCGCUCAGCAGGCGCCACAGAAAGAAGCAACAGAUGAGGCUUCUGUGGUUGGCGUUAUUAAGGAUCAGAAUGCCAUAAUAGAGAGUUUGCGUCAACGCGAAUUUUCUCUUACCCGUGAAAUGCAACGAUACAGAAAUGAGAGGGAUUUGUUGGAGCAGCAGCUACAUGAGGUUCGCCAUACUAUUCUGGAGCAGGGUGGGGUCCUGAAGAGUGUCGCAGCUUUGGAAAUGACAGGUUCGUCGGUGGAACAAGAAUUACGGGCGCAGUUGAUUUUUGUGGAGAGUCAACUUGUGGAGACGCGGGCGCAGUUGGAAGAAGAGCGGCAAAGUGCGCGCCGACUGCAGGCGGAUACCAGUGAAUGGCGAUCUCAUCUGGAUGCCUUACGCGAGGAAGUUGUAAGGCAACAAGCUGACGUUGAGCGAGCUCGGCACCUUGUCGCUAUGAAUGAAGCUCUUAACGUCGAUAUGCGGCGGAUGGAGGAGCAGAAUGAGAAGCUUAUCCUGGCAACCAAAAUGCUAAAGGAGAAACUGAUUGAGCAGGCACAACAACGUGGUGAUGAUUCACGCAAGCAACAACAUGAAAUUGCGUUGGCGCAGCGGAUGGGUUCCAUUCAGUUGGAAUCCACUGAAAAGUUGAGGAUCGUGAACGAAAGGCUACACUCGAUCCAGCGGGAGCUCGAGGAGAAAGUCCGUCGAGAAGAGGAGGCUCUUAAGAAGCAUGAGGAGGCACAGCGAUUGGCGUAUGAUUUGCACCGACAGCUACAGGAGCGGGAAGAAGAAAUUUUGCGUCUUAAGCGCGAGUUGAGCGGCACCCGCCCCGCGUCUCUCCAUGCGGUGCGAAGCAAGCAUGAAAAGGGAAGGCAACUCCUGUAUACCGUGAAGGAGGGGAAACAGGACACAUAUGAGAGGGAAGAAAAAAUGCCAAGAAAUUUCUUGAAAGUUGAAAGUGCAGAGAAGCGAGAGGAAGAAAAGGUGCAAAAGCGGCCAGCACACCGUUCAACUUCUUCUUCCUCCGCUCCCAUUCGUGCAUUGCUUGCGGACGCGGACGCAAACAUUAUUGUCAAACCGCAGAUAGCAGCAAUGCUACAGCGAGAGAUUGAAAAGGCGCAGAGAAACAACAUGCAUGAAAUAUCAUCGUUGCGGGCGAAUGUACGCCGUCUUGAAAGCGACCUGGAAGAGGCUCGUCAACAACUACGAGGAGAGCGCGAUAACAGUCGCUCUCUGCGUGUCAUGGUUCAAAAUGCCCGACGUGAACUUGAGGAAAAAGAGCUUGCUCUGGUACGAACGUCUGCCAGUCGGCAGCAACGUGCCAAGGAGCAUCAGCAUGUUCAAGCCAAUUUUGUAACGGUUUCAAGUAAAACUCCUUUCACAGGUCCUACCGCGGUCGUUUCCCCCGUGCCAAAUACAGCCGUAUCAGGUGAACAAGAUCAGCUGCAGCGUCAAAGGGAAGAAAAUGAACAACUUCGACGCCAAGUUGAACGACUCAAGAAGCGUGUGGUGAACUUUGACAAUGUCGUUAGUGAAGCGGAAUCCUACAAGAAGGAGUUGACAGAUCUUCGGUGUCAGCAUCCGGAGUCUGUGGAUUCAGCUUAUAUGGCCUCCCCACUUGAUAUACGUUCCCACAAGCGGACUGUUCUCCAUUUAGAGAGUGUCAUUGACUCGCUUCGAAGAGAGCUAAGCGUCAAGAAGGAGAUGCAGAUGCGCAACUUGCAAGAACGUAUCGAUGAGUUGACGGUGGAGAAUCAACGUCUGGCGGCGGAAUUGAGCAGUCGCUCUCAAGCCACGCCCAAUUUGCAGCCCCCUAUAGCCCCGUCUAGGGCCGAGAACGGAAGUGAACGGGCAACUCUGCAGCGGGAAUUAUUGGAAAAGAACGGCAUUAUUCUUGAUCUCCGCUUUGAGCGUGAGGCGCUGCAACUUAAGGUUGGACGUCUGGAGCGACACAUUGAGGAAAUAAUUCAGGUAGACUCAACCAACACAAAACGCACGGGAACUUCACAGCAACGGAGUCGUGCCGAGGCGUUGGAGUCUUUGGUUGAAAAUCUGAAGCUUGUUGUCGAGCGUCUUCAGAAGGAGAACAAUGCGCUGAAGUCGAAGACUGUAAGUAUGUCAAAGCACAUGGAUCUUGUGCGAGAGCUUCGUGAACUCCGGCGAAGUGAACAAAAACUCCGCGAGCAUUCGGAGAUGUUGACAAGGCGCCUCU